AACCUCAAACCCGUAGAAAAGGGUCGGUUUUUCUCUCCCUCUCCCUCUCUCUCUCUCGCCUCUUCUCUCUCCUUGUCGACGAAUUUGUCCUCUCUCUCGCUCUCUCGUUUGUUGAUGGAAAAAGGCAAAGCCACAGAGAAUACCAUUACGAGAUCCUUGCAAAAUUUUGAUUUCCAUCUCAAUCGCAACAUCCCCAAGUCCACCCGCAACACCCACUCCACCCUUCGUUCCUCAAUAUUACCCUUUGAGAAGCCAAAACCUCCCAGCUUGGUGGGCUUAUGUCUCGGAGUUGUUGGGAAGCAUUUUGAGGAUAUCAUUGAGGACUUGGGAGAUAUUGCUGCCAAUUUUCCUGCUGAUAUUAAGAUGGCAAUGGCAGCAAUUGCAAGAAGAAGAAAGUUAUUGAGUGAUAAUGUCAUCAUUGCAUUGGCUGAAGGCUCGUGGGAAAUCCUUGAUUUAUCUGGCUCAGAUGUUUCUGAUUUUGGGUUAUCCAGAGUUUCAGAAGUGUGCAAAUUUAUCCGAGCUGUGGAUAUAAGCCGAUGCAGCAAAGUCACAUGGCUUGGCGUUUCUGAACUUGUGCAGCACUGUCGUUCAUUGGAGAUAUUAAGAUGCGGAGGGUGCCCGAGGAGUGACUACACCGCGCGUAGAUGCUUGUGUCUCUUGAAACCAAAACUGGAUGAUGUGGAGGGGGAGUCUUGGGAGGAACUUGAUACCAUGGAGAUUGUUCAUGGUGCACCUUCAUUACGCUGGCUUGUAUGGCCAAAGAUUGACAAGGAUUCUAUGGAGAGCUUGUCUGCUGAGUGUCCUCGAAUUGUUGUAAAUCCCCAGCCAUCGCCUUUCGGUUACAGGGGGGUUGAAGUUCCUAGGGGAGCACUAGCAGAUGUGUCAUUGGAUGAUCCUAUUGUCAAUGAAGUUGAUCCCAAAACAUGGGCAGUUUCUGGAUUUGCAGUUAGGGCCACUUCUGCAUCCAGUUUGAGUCCUGCAGAGUUGCCAGUGGCUGAAAAGUUUAGGCUUGCAUUUGUGGAGAGAGACACCAGGUUAGCACCAAAGCGUGCAAAGAACGCAAGGCAACAUCAACGGCGUGCAGAAAGGGAGAUGGUAACGAUGAGUGCAAGCGCAAAAGCAUUAGCUCUUGCCUCACAAGCAAGCAGAUCUCUACAGAAUCGUAACUGGUAGGCAAAAGUCACUGGUAGAUGAAAAUUCCCACAUAGUUUUUCUUUCCCUGUAUUUUAUGCAGUGUGUAAUAUUUCCGAACAUCAUAGACGAAUACAGCAGAGAAUUUAGGGGGUUCGGGUUUGCUCAAUCCCUUUGCAGAAUCGUAACUGGUCACUGCUAGACUGGAUGAAAAUUCUGAUUUUUUUUUUUGGUACUUGAAAAUUUGUGUAAUAUUUAAAAUAUGAUGAAGAAAUAUACAGUGAGAAUUUAUGGAUUUGGGGGUUGCCCCCCUUUUCUUA